CGUGAAAUUCCUGGGCUCCUCCGACAGUCUCAGGCAGAGAGCUCAGCCCUUCACAUCUCCUCUUGCAUGCAACUCACUGAGAGGGAGAGGCAAGCAAGACCUCCCCUCUCUGCCGGCAUCUCAAGCCACCAAGGACCUGCUUUCGCACCUCCAACACUCUCCCUCCCUUCUUCCCCACCACUCCCUCCCAGAGAGAGCAAAAGAGAGAGAGCGGGGGAAAGACACUGAUUGGAAUCUUAGCCUUUUCUAAGAAGAAAAAUACCCAGAAAACUCAGUUGAUUAAACAUCAGACAGACAGACAGACAAACCCCAAAGGCUCUGCUCAGCUGGAAAGGUUCUGCAGGAAUUUUUCUUGGAGCCUUUCUGAGUGCUGGGGGGUGAGUUAUGGACUGGAUUGCUUUUGGCACCCACCAUGAAGCCUGAAUCUGCUUCUGCUCUCCUAGGAGCUGUGCUCUGCCUGAGCUCUCCGCUUUGCUCAACCCUCAUCCAUCCUGUCUCCCUCCACUAGGAGUUAGAUCUCCAGGAUUGGUCCUUGUCCUGCCCUUCAGUCUGCUCACCUCACUGCUCCUCCUUCCAACACUGUUGCUGCCCAUUAGUCCAGCUCCCCAGUGACAUCUGGGAUUUGAGUAGCAUAGGGACCCUUUUUGAGGGAAGAGCAUUUCCUGAAGGAUUCCCCAAACCCACUCUGUUUCUUCUCCUGGAAUCAAGGCCUCCGGAUCUACAUGGAUAGCUGAGAUCUUUUCUUGGAGAGGAACAACUUCCUUUCCUCCACUCUUUCCUGUUCUCCUCUCCCUCUGUUGCCCCUUCCAACUCCUCUCUUUUGUUCUCGAAGGAUUUAUUGGUUAUAUCUGUUUCUGAUAUCUGGCUGGUGUCACAUACACAGUGUCUUUUUCCCUCUCUCUUUGCAUCUUAUUUUUGCCUUCUUGUGUUCUAUCUUAUUCUCCUUCUUCUAUUUGGCAUUCUGUUUAUUAUCCACAAAGUCAUAUUCCCUAUUCCCCGAGCUUCCCCUCCUUUCCCUCAGCCUAGUACACCCACAGCUUUGUACCCAACCCCAGGAGCAGCCAUGGGCUUCACCCUGCACUCGAUCUACUUCACUCUGAAGUUCAGUGUUCUGCUUGGCUCCCUACUGGGGCUGUGCUUGGGCCUGGAGUUCAUGGGCCUUCCGAACCAAUGGGCCCGCUACCUCCGCUGGGAUGCCAGUACUCGAAGUGACCUGAGCUUCCAAUUCAAGACCAACGUUUCAGCUGGGUUGCUGCUCUACUUGGAUGAUGGUGGUGUCUGCGACUUCCUCUGCCUCUCGCUGGUGGAUGGUCGCGUCCAGCUCCGUUUCAGCAUGGACUGUGCUGAGACGGCCGUGCUGUCGGACAAGCAGGUCAAUGAUAGCAGCUGGCAUUUCCUUAUGGUGAGCCGUGACCGAAUGAGGACUGUCCUUGUGUUGGAUGGGGAGGCCAGACCUGGGGAGGUCCAGCCUCAGCGGCCCCACAUGGAUGUGGUCAGUGAUUUAUUUGUUGGAGGGGUCCCAGCUGAUAUAAGGCCCUCUGCCCUGACCCUGGAGGGUGUGCAGACCAUGCCCGCCUUCAAGGGAUUUAUUCUGGAUCUUAAAUAUGGCAACUCAGAACCUCGUCUUUUGGGGACCCAGGGGGCCCAGGUGGAGGCUGAGGGUCCUUGUGCCGAAAGCCCUUGUGAGAAUGGUGGAGUUUGUUUCCUCCUGGAUGGCCACCCGACCUGUGACUGCUCCGCCACUGGCUAUGGCGGCAAGCUCUGCUCCGAAGAUGUCAGUCAAAGUUCAGGCCUUUCACAUCUCAUGAUGAGCGAACAAGCACGAGAUGAGAAUGUGGCUACCUUCCGAGGCUCCGAGUACCUGUGCUACGACCUGUCUCAGAACCCGAUCCAGAGCAGCAGUGACGAGAUCACCCUUUCCUUUAAGACGUGGCAGCGUAAUGGGCUCAUCCUGCACACAGGCAAAUCAGCUGAUUAUGUCAACCUGGCAUUGAAAGAUGGUGCAGUCUCCUUAGUCAUUAACCUCGGGUCAGGGGCCUUUGAGGCCAUAGUGGAACCCGUGAAUGGCAAGUUCAAUGACAACGCCUGGCAUGAUGUCAAAGUGACCCGCAACCUUCGGCAGGUGACAAUUUCAGUGGAUGGAAUCCUCACCACAACAGGAUACACACAAGAGGACUACACAAUGCUGGGCUCAGAUGACUUCUUUUAUGUGGGAGGGAGCCCCAGUACUGCCGACCUACCAGGCUCACCUGUCAGCAACAACUUCAUGGGUUGCCUCAAAGAGGUUGUUUAUAAGAAUAAUGACAUCCGUCUGGAGCUGUCUCGCCUGGCCAGAAUCGGUGACACCAAAAUGAAAAUAUAUGGUGAAGUGGUGUUUAAAUGUGAAAAUGUGGCCACGCUGGACCCCAUCAACUUUGAGACCCCGGAGGCUUACAUCAGCCUCCCCAAGUGGAAUACCAAGAGGAUGGGCUCAAUCUCCUUUGACUUCCGUACAACAGAACCCAAUGGUCUCAUCCUGUUCACUCAUGGCAAGCCUCAGGAGAGAAAGGACUCUCGUAGUCAGAAGAACACCAAAGUAGAUUUCUUUGCUGUCGAAUUGCUAGAUGGGAACCUCUACCUGCUCCUUGAUAUGGGUUCUGGCACCAUCAAAGUGAAAGCUACCCAGAAGAAAGCAAAUGAUGGAGAAUGGUACCAUGUGGACAUUCAGCGAGAUGGCAGAUCAGGUACCAUAUCGGUGAACAGCAGGCGUACCCCAUUCACAGCCAGUGGAGAGAGUGAGAUCUUGGACUUGGAGGGGGACAUGUACCUGGGUGGGCUGCCAGAGAACCGCGCCAGUCUCAUCCUCCCUACAGAGCUCUGGACUGCCAUGUUGAAUUACGGCUACGUGGGCUGCAUUCGAGACCUGUUCAUUGACGGCCGGAGCAAGAACAUCCGACAGCUGGCAGAGGUACAGAACGCUGCAGGGGUCAAGUCCUCUUGCUCCAGGCUUAGCACAAAGCAGUGUGAUAGCUACCCCUGCAAAAACAAUGCUGUUUGCAAGGAUGGAUGGAACCGCUUCAUCUGUGACUGCACUGGCACUGGCUAUUGGGGGAGAACAUGUGAGAGGGAGGCUUCUAUCUUGAGCUAUGAUGGCAGCAUGUACAUGAAGAUCAUCAUGCCCAUGGUCAUGCACACUGAGGCCGAGGAUGUAUCUUUCCGUUUCAUGUCCCAGCGUGCUUAUGGCUUGCUGGUUGCCACCACUUCCAAGGAUUCAGCUGACACUCUACGUCUGGAACUGGAUGGGGGUCGUGUCAAGCUCAUGGUUAACUUAGACUGUAUCAGGAUAAACUGUAACUCCAGCAAAGGACCAGAAACCCUUUAUGCUGGACAGAAACUCAACGACAAUGAAUGGCACACUGUACGGGUGGUGAGGAGAGGAAAAAGUCUUAAGCUUACAGUGGAUGAUGAUGUGGCUGAGGGUACAAUGGUGGGGGACCAUACCCGCUUAGAGUUCCACAAUAUUGAAACAGGAAUCAUGACGGAGAAGCGCUAUAUCUCAGUUAUCCCUUCCAGUUUCAUUGGACACCUGCAGAGCCUCAUGUUUAAUGGCCUCCUCUACAUUGACUUGUGCAAGAACGGUGACAUUGACUUCUGUGAGCUAAAGGCCCGUUUCGGCUUGAGAAAUAUUAUCGCCGAUCCUGUCACCUUCAAGACCAAGAGCAGCUACCUGAGCCUGGCCACUCUCCAGGCUUACACCUCCAUGCACCUUUUCUUCCAGUUUAAGACCACCUCAGCUGAUGGCUUUAUUCUCUUCAACAGUGGGGAUGGCAAUGAUUUUAUUGCAGUUGAACUAGUCAAAGGUUAUAUACACUAUGUAUUUGACCUUGGAAAUGGUCCCAAUGUCAUCAAGGGCAAUAGUGAUCGACCACUGAAUGAUAAUCAAUGGCAUAAUGUUGUCAUCACCCGGGAUAACAGUAAUACUCACAGCCUGAAGGUGGAUACCAAGGUGGUCACUCAGGUUAUCAAUGGUGCCAAAAAUCUGGAUCUGAAAGGUGACCUCUACAUGGCCGGCCUUGCCCAAGGCAUGUAUAGCAACCUCCCAAAGCUUGUAGCCUCCCGGGAUGGCUUCCAAGGCUGCCUAGCAUCUGUGGACUUGAAUGGGCGCCUACCAGAUCUGAUCAAUGAUGCUCUUCAUAAGAGUGGCCAGAUCGAACGUGGAUGUGAAGGACCAAGUACCACCUGCCAGGAAGAUUCAUGUGCCAACCAAGGUGUCUGCAUGCAGCAAUGGGAAGGUUUCACUUGUGACUGUUCCAUGACCUCCUACUCUGGGAAUCAAUGCAAUGACCCUGGUGCUACAUAUAUCUUUGGGAAAAGUGGCGGACUCAUACUCUACACCUGGCCUGCGAAUGACAGACCCAGCACACGCUCAGAUCGCCUUGCUGUGGGCUUCAGUACGACAGUGAAGGAUGGCAUCCUGGUUCGAAUUGACAGUGCUCCAGGACUCGGUGAUUUCCUCCAGCUUCACAUAGAACAGGGUAAAAUAGGAGUGGUGUUCAACAUUGGCACAGUGGACAUUUCCAUCAAAGAGGAGAGUACCCCAGUAAAUGAUGGCAAAUACCAUGUUGUGCGUUUCACCAGAAAUGGUGGCAAUGCUACACUUCAGGUUGACAACUGGCCGGUGAAUGAACAUUAUCCCUCAGGCAACACUGAUAAUGAACGCUUCCAAAUGGUAAAACAGAAAAUCCCCUUCAAAUAUAACCGGCCUGUAGAAGAGUGGCUGCAGGAAAAAGGCCGGCAGCUAACCAUCUUCAACACUCAGGCGCAAAUAGCCAUUGGAGGAAAAGACAAAGGACGUCUCUUCCAAGGUCAGCUCUCUGGGCUCUAUUAUGAUGGCUUGAAAGUUCUGAACAUGGCAGCUGAGAACAACCCUAAUAUUAAAAUCAAUGGUAGCGUCAGACUUGUGGGAGAAGUACCAUCUCUCUUGGGGACAACACCUACAACUUCCAUGCCACCAGAAAUGUCUACAACUGUCAUGGAAACCACAACUACAAUGGCAACCACCACUACUCGAAAGAAUCGCUCCACAGCCAGCAUUCAGCCAACAUCAGAUGAUCUUGUUUCAUCUGCUGAAUGUUCCAGUGAUGAUGAAGACUUUGUUGAAUGUGAACCUAGUACAGAUAAGAGUCUUUCCACUUCAGUCUUCGAAGGUGGCUACAAAGCACAUGCGCCCAAGUGGGAAUCCAAGAACUUUAGACCUAACAAAGUCUCCGAAACUGGUAGGACUACUACUACCACAUCUUUGUCCCCUGAGCUGAUCCGCUCCACGGCUUCCUCCUCGUCUGGGAUGGUGCCCAAAUUGCCAGCUGGCAAAAUGAAUAACCGUGAGCUCAAACCCCAGCCUGAUAUAGUGUUGCUUCCGUUGCCCACUGCCUAUGAGCUAGACAGCACAAAGCUGAAGAGCCCACUAAUUACUUCCCCCAUGUUCCGUAAUGUGCCCACAGCAAACCCCACAGAGCCAGGAAUCAGACGGGUUCCGGGGGCCUCAGAGGUGAUCCGGGAGUCGAGCAGUACAACAGGAAUGGUCGUCGGCAUUGUGGCUGCUGCCGCCCUCUGCAUCUUGAUCCUCCUAUAUGCCAUGUACAAGUACAGGAACAGGGACGAGGGGUCCUAUCAGGUGGAUGAGACGCGGAACUACAUCAGCAACUCUGCCCAGAGCAACGGCAUGCUCGUCAAGGAGAAACAGCAAAGCUCAAAGAGUGGCCAUAAGAAACAGAAAAACAAGGACAAAGAGUAUUAUGUGUAAAAUUAAAAAAAAUAAAAAUAAAAAAGAAUUAAAAAGAAUUAUUUAUAUAUAAUAUAUAAAUACUUAAAAAAAACACAAGAUUUAACAGCUAUAAGAACUGUUAUACCUAUAAUGAGAUUGGGAGCUACAGUUGGUGGGAAAAAAACAAUACACACAAAGAUAUAUAUGUGUAUAUAUAUAUUUAUUUAUUUUCAGACAUGGCUGUUAUGUAUCAGUCAUGACCUGGAGACAGAGAAGUCUGCCCUACUGUAUCAUAAAGCAUACUUAGUGCUCUGGAGCAGACAGAUAGCUCCACCACUUUAGCUGGACAUUGAAGUUUCCAUCUCUUUUGUGGACCUUUGGACAAAAGAUAGAAGAUUUCAUGGCUUACUUGUUUCAUAACUCCAAGUGAGUCCCUAAUGAUGUUUGUGACCCUUGACUGUAUCAAUGAUUUUUCAGUUUUAUUAUUUUAAAAAAAGGAGAAAAAAAAAAAAAAAACAACAACAACAACAGCAAACUGAUCUGGCCCCAGCCAGUAUGUGUGUAACUAUUCAAGAUCUGAGGGGAAAAAAGUGGCUUUUGGGUUUUUUGUUUAUUUUUUGAGAUUAAGACUGGACAUGAGUUGACAAGAAAAAAAUUCAGAAAAAAGUGAGAGACUAUUGCCAUAUAUGAACUCAAAAACUAUACAUGGUGUUCACUCUACAUAUCAGGUUGUGGUGUGUCUAAAACCAAUCAAUUGUUUGUUUUCAGUGAGAAGCUUUGCUGGAAAUGCAGCAAAUGCAUGAGAUGGUGAUGAUGUGAGGUAUAAAGCAGGUACCCUAGGAUCUGACUCCAGUAUUUGCAGACCAAACUCUUUGAACAGACGGGUUUAGGUCUACUUUCAUCAGGGCUAUUGGCUUUAUUAACAAUACUGUUCAAAUGCAUUAGCACAGUCAAAUUGUGGUAAAGGGGGAAAAGGUCAGCUGUUGGGAGCUGAAAUAGCCCACAAACUAAAAUGAGCCUUUCCUGGGGAAGUAGGAGGGAGGGAGCCUGGUUCCAUGAAUGAUUGCAAUGCAUGCAAAAAUAAAAAGAAAAGAAAAAUUCUAAAAAAAUCAAUUAAUCAAAACAGACAAUAUGGGAGUUCAACUUGUGACAGAAUAACAAAAGGUCAUACAAGCCAAACACAUCAUGAAAGAGUACAAAAUGCAUAGUUUUUUUUUCCAACAUAAUGUUUUUCAUAUGUAAUUUUAAUUUUGUAGCUUGACACAAAUAACUCUGUCCUUCCAUUUGCCCAUUCUCCCCACCCUCUCUUUUAUAAAAAUAAAUGAAUGAAUGAAUAAAGCUGCUGUGACACACACAAAGGAAUUUAAUAGUAUAAUAUAUAUAUAAAUAUAUAUACAAAUAUAUUUCUCAUGGUAUGUUUGAUGGGACGACUGGAAUGGAAAAUCUGUUAAAAGUCUUUAAGUAGAAUGAGAAUGUUGUUUUAAAAAGAAAAUAACAAAACAACAAAAAAGUAAACCUUAAAAAUGUGAAGAUGGUGUGAGUUUUAGUUUUGUCACAGUCAUCUGUGUCAAAAGAAAAAAAAAUCUCAGAUUCUGUUUACAUCUUUCUGCUAAUUUUUUUUUGCUUGUGUAAUUUCUUAGAUUAGACACUUAUGUACAUACUGCUUUACAGUUUAAUUGUUCUUUUUGUUUCUACCUGUUUCUUAAUUUUGUUUUUUGUUUUCUGAAAGGGGGUAACUUAAUGUAUAGAAAAAUAAAAUUGGUUGUGUGGCCAUGGCUAUUGCAUACAAAAAGCAAGAUAACACAAAUACAACAACACACAAUGACAAAAACAAAAUGAAGACUGGAAUAUCAGAAAUAUAAAUUUUCUUUGUGUACAGAUGAAAACCAAUCAGCUGUUUAGAUUUAGAAAUCUAUUCUUGCUGGUGUUUGUAAGUUGCAUGAAUAUUUGACUUUGAAGAAAUAUCCAGGAACAACAAAAAAAGUAUUCUAAAAUGAAGAUAGCUUUCCCUAAUGUAUAUGGAAAGAGGUGUGUUCCUGGUUAUCUGAUCCUUUCGAUGUAAGUGUUUGGGAAUUCUUUUGGAUUUUUUUUUUUUUUGUUUAAGAUUUUUAAAAGAAAGGUUAAAAAUGUAUGAAAGCACAGUUUUAAGCAACUUAAAUGGCCCAACCUAUAUGAAAUUGAUUAUAUCUUGAUGUCUGUAAAAGAUUGCUGUUCUUGGAGUCUUGGUGUCUUGUGAAAUGAUUUUCCUACUUUCUUUUCCAUUUUUUUUUCCUUUUUGAGUAAACACAAUCUUUGUUCUGUUCUUUUUUGUGUAAGUUUCUAUUUGGACAAUUUUUUUGGAAACAUGUGCAUCCUGUAUGUGGGCUUCUACCAUAUCCCUGUUUUAUGGACAGAACCUUAAAGAAUUUCUUUUAUGUUGUUGUGAUGUUACUGCUUUAUUUUUCUUUUUCCUUUUCCUCCUUUCUUUUUUCAUAUUUGCAUUUUUGUUCAAGGAUAUGCUUAGCAAUAAAAUGUUCUUCCCAAAGCCCUGGAAGUGAAUGUAUUUUUAUUUCAAAAAAUUAGAUUGGGGGAAGGGGGAGAAGAACUUGCAAUAGGUGAGGGAUGAAAGCUGAACAAAUCUUCAAAAGCAUUCAUGAACAUGAUGCCAAAUAAUCUAAUCAGUCACUAGCUACUUACAUAAAUUUACUAAAAGCAGAUUAAUUGUGGUGAAAAAUAAUAAUUAUCCAUCAGUUGAAACAUUGCAGUCUAGACAGCUAGACGACAGAGUAGUAGAAGGAAGAGUGAGCAUUUCAUUAUAAAUACAGAAGGGAAAAGUUAUAAUUCCAGAAUAGCUUCUCAAAGAAUAUGAAAAAAACAUGAAUUCCUUUUGAUGAACAGAGAAGAUAUCCAGCUCCUGUUAAAUAAUAAUAAAGUCUUUCUAGGUAUGAGGAAUGAUACACUUAAACUGUAUUAUUGGGAAGCAGAGUUUUCUGGUUAAUUAAGACAACUGAAGUGAUUAACACACUAUGAUUCAAUUUUAUCUUGAGGAAUCUUAGGAAAUGGUAUCCCUCAACUACCCAUGGAUGAAAAAGGUUUAAAGAAUUAUAUUGUAGUGUUCCUAGAAAAAGCAACCUGAAUUCAAAUCCAGUCUUU